GGCGGCGGGGGCAAGGGCAGCAGCGAUUGGGUGGAGAUGACGGUCGAGAUACCGGGGUACCGGGACGACGAUGCGAACACGGUCUUCUUGGCGGCGAUGCUGAGUGAGGCGCUGCUGGCCGACGGAGAGUUUGCGGAUAAACUUUGGAUCAACCGGAAGUUUCAUUGGAAGCUUUACCUCGAUAUUCUCCUCAUCUCGCCACCGCUUUCAUACCCGCUACCGCUUCUGUCAUUGACCACACACCUAGCUUUGCUGGCGACGAGAUUACCCAGGCUAAAGUCCGAAGGGGACGAGGACCCCCUGUUCGACGACGAUUGGGCGGCUUCAGCGUAUUUAUACCCGAGAAGCGACGGCAGGUCUGCGGCUCGACCGCCGGUCACGCUGCUCGUCAUGGCGGUGGGCAAUAACAUCAUCUUCGAUCCGGCAAAGGAGGAAUUGGCAGUGGCGGACGUCGCCCUAGCGGUAUCAAUUGGCGAGACUGCAAGCCGGAGCGGGGACCGGGAGGCGAUGGACAUCGACGCGGCAACAGAAGGCCGCGCUCUACGGUUAUUGUCGAUCAGGACGAUAGAUCCCCCGUCACGGCUCACUCCGCCGGGCGUGCCGAAUGAGGCCAACACCGCAUACGGAGCCGCAGGGCUGGUGCAGAAACAGCUGGAAGCUAGGGUUGUCGAGACCGACGCAGUGGAGGGAGUCUGGAAGGCUCCAAGAGGAGGGGCUAAGAUGCUGGUCAUGAGUGCGUUGAUCCAAAAGGUGCUGGAGAAAGGAGGUGUUGCAGAUGAGGUUUUGGAUGGUCUAGAUGCUGUGGAUUUGGCCUAAACCAGCAUUUCAUGAUCCCCGGCCUAUAAUGUCUCGAGUUGCAUCAGGCUAUCUGCCGUUGCAAGAGGAAUGUUUCUACAUGUCUGUUGAUAUCGUCGAUAUCGUACACUCAAGGAUAGGUAGACAUAGGUCUAAAAGAUACCCAGCCACUUCUUCCGCGGCUCAUGA